GGAGUUGAAAGUCAGUCAAUCCCGCAUAAACAAAGCCCGUUUUAUCCAUGGAAUUACAGAAGCUGUUGAUGUUGCUGUUACGAAAGGCAUCGCUUUCCAUUGCGCCAAUAGCGUAUUGUUAGUAAUCCAUUUCUUUAAUUCAAUGCAUUUUGUCUAUUUGUUAUGAAAUUACAUUACAAUAAUCACAACCAGCCAAUGCCCAUCAUGCAUUUCCGUCUGCUUUGUUUCACUCUUUUCACUUCACUGCUAAUAAGGAUCACACUGUUAGGAUCGGUGUCUAAGUUUCAAGAAUUCUUAGGCAGAUUAAUCUCCUAAUCUCUUAUGCAGAAAAGGAUUAGGCAAUAAUGAAUCCAAACAUUUAGGAGGAUUCUUCGAUUGAUGAUCAGGUAGAAAAAGUGUUUCAGUGAUGCUAAAGUUUUUCUGUCUCGGUAUCAAAUCCGCCAAGUAUGAAAGGCGAAGUCUUGAGAAUAAAUGUGCAAGUGAAAGUGAUGGCGAGAAGACUUCAGGUUCGGGUCUCAACUCUGAUCUGUUUCUGCCCAAUGAGAUUAUUAUCGAAAUCUUGAGCUGGUUGCCCGUGGACACAUUAUUGAGGGUAAAAUGUGUGUGCAAGUCGUGGCGUGCUACAAUCCAAGACCGCAACUUCAUUGAGAAACACAUGAGCAGAGCCAGAAUCGUUGUGGAAUGCGCUGCAAAAAUGAGUGAUAAUAACGGGAAUGAGAAACCGUACGAAUGGCAGUGUGUUCGAGAUGGAUUAGUGCUGGAGAGGAGGAACGUGUUCCCAAAAUACCGUAUAAGGAACCCUGCUACAAAACAAAAGCUUGACCUGCCUAAUCCACACGGACCACUGCUGUUUAUUAGUAUGUUUUUCCUCUCGACCAGUAAUGACUAUAAGGCGGUUUAUAUCCAUCACAAAGAAGGAACCACUUCUUGUGCUGCUGAUGUUGCUGUUCUAACUAUUGGUACCGAUUCUUCGUGGAGAUCCCUUGAUAUUCCUAGCUUGCAUAAUAUGAAGAGCCAGAGAGGGCAAAUUCUUCGCAAAUCAAUUGCUGAAGUCUACUAUAUUAUUGUAUUGAGAGACUACGAAAUUGUUUGCCUCGAGAUGGAAACCGAGAACUUCACAAGCGUUCAAAUCCCAGAGAGGUUGUUCCCGGAUUGGAACAACAUCCACCCUUUAAACUGGAGAGGGAAGCUAGCACUCGCAUCUGUCGUGGGAGAGAAGAUUAACAUUUGGGUGUUGGAAAGCUACAAGAAGCAAAAAUGGGAAAACGUAAAGGUCGUUUUUCCCUUGCCCUUGGAUUCAAUCACGAAUGACAACCUUAUUCCUUUCGAAACAAAAGGCGACUGGUUACGGAUUAGCGUUAACUAUGAACACCGAGUUGCUUAUAACAUGAGGACCAAUAGAGUCUCCACGCUCAUCUCAGCGCCACCUGGACAGAAGAUUGCGUUCGUGUAUAAACCUUCCUUGGUGCACUUUAAAGGAAUGACUCCGGUACAAAACUAGACCAAAUCAGAAACUUCAAGGUUGACUGCUGAUCAUGAUGGCUAGGAUGAUGUAUGUAUGUUUCAUCAAUGGCUCUCCAGAACUCUUUCUCCUUUCAACUAUAGUUUCUGGGCUUUGCUUGAACAUUUAACACUUUAAGGACUUCAGAACUAUUGUUCUUUUCUGUCUUAGUGCUCUAGUGUGCUUGUUCUUUUUGAAAACAUAUAUUAUGGUGUGAAUAUAUACUUAAGAAAGCACUUUUAGUCAGGCAGAAAAUAUACAAUUUCAUGAUUUUAAAAGGAUCUCCAAAUUCUCUAUCCAUCCGUGCCCAUUCGGGAAUUCUUGUUGACAAUAUUAAAACUUUUUCGGGAAAUUUGUUUAAUGUAAUCUUCUCUUUUGUUAAGCGUUCAAUGAACGCAAUAACUCACAUAUA